CUGCAAAAGUUCAUUUAGAUGUUCAAGCAAAGGGCAGACACCUGAUGCGUGAGAUGCUAGUCUUCUGGAAGAAGAAUGAGCGGGAAGAGAGAGAUUUCCGAAAAUGCGAGCAAGGAAGCGAAGAGAGGCUAUUGAUAGAGCGAAGGUCGAGGAAGAAAAGGAAGCCACGCGCCAAGCACGCAAACUUGAGUUCUUGAUCAGCCAAACUGAGUUGUACAGCCAUUUCGUCAGUAACAAGCUCAAGAGUGAGUCCUUGCAAGGAGAUAUUCCUGAAAUUUCGGCGCCUGUGGGUGCUACUCUUGAAGAUGUUGACCCAUCAGUACUUCAAGAGAUUGGCUUUGAUGACGAGGACCAAACCAACCUUCACCGACAUGCGCGGCAUAACGCUCAGGAAGCUAUCGCUCUAGCCAGACAAAGGGCUCAACAGUUUGACACUCAGGCUGCACUCGAUAGGAAAACGAACGAGGCUUUGAAACUUGCCAAAGCUCAGGCUCACAUCAGGGACGAUGACGAGUCGGGGCUCUCAGGCGCUUCGAAUACGCCCUUGGUUGACUUGGACUCCGACGAGCUCAACUUCCAGAAUCCGACGUCACUCACUGGAGAACUUAAGAUCAAGCAACCGAAUAUCCUCAUGGCGCAGCUGAAGGAGUACCAACUCAAAGGUCUGAAUUGGCUUGCUACUUUGUAUGAACAGGGUAUCAUUGGUAUUCUCGCUGACGAGAUGGGUCUUGGGAAGACUGUGCAAUCGAUACCUCUCCUUGCCUACCCUGCCGAGGUACACGACAUAUGGGGACCAUUUUUGGUUGUCGCACCAGCCUCUACAUUGCACAACUGGCAACAGGAGAUUACUCGCUUUCUGCCUGGUCUGAAAGCCCUGUCUUAUUGGGGGAACGUCAAAGACCGAACCACCUUGCGCAAGUUCUGGAGCAAAAAAGGGAUCAGCUAUGACAAGGACACACCGUUUCAUGUCCUGAUUACAAGCUACCAGCUGGUCAUUACUCAAGACCAGCAGUACUUCCAGCGCGUGAAAUGGCAA